AUGGCUAUUAAUAGUAGUUAUGUGAUGCCUGAUGCAAAUACUAUUACAGUAACAACCGGAUUAUCAAGCUGUGAUAAUACAACAUUAGAUUUAAAUAAAACUAUAUAUGAUCUUAGAAAUUUAUAUCAAAAUAACAUUUCAAAUCUUACAUCAAAUCUUUUUUUUAAUAUUUCAAUUAGUAAUUUUAAUUGUUCGAGAAGAAACGGAAAUUAUUUUGAACAAAUUAUUACUUUUACUCAAUCAAUUUCAAUACGAAUUCAAAUUUUAUUUGCUUCUAUUUAUUAUGAUUAUAUAAAUGCUAAUAAUUAUCAAUUCAAUGGUUUUAUAAUUGAUCGAGAAUCAUAUUUUAAUUUUUCAUCAAUCACUGUAAAUAAUACUGCCAAAUCUGAUGCUUGUUCAAGUGCCCAAGCUGCACAAGAUCCUUUGUGUCUAACAAAUUUAACACAUCCAAUAUGUACUUUACUACCAAAUAGAUGGAAUGUUACUUGCAGUCAAAAUUUUCUUACAACUAUAAUUUCAUUAUUUGGAUCGACAACAAUGAGUAAUAGUCAAUUAGAAAUGCCAAUAAUUUCAUCAGGUUUGAAUUCAUGGCAAAUUGGUCUUAUUUGUAGUUUAAGUAUUUUAUUUGUAUUAAUAUUAAUUCUAAUUAUUGUAUAUUUUUCUCGUCGAUUUAUACAUUCAAAAAGUCUUACUAUAUCACAUAUUAAUCUUUUUAAUGAUACAAAUCUAAUGAAUAAAAGUGAAACACCUCGAAGUCAAGUAUUUCAACGAACAGCAACAAUUCUACAAUCUAAACAUGAUAAUAAUACAACUAUUUCUCGAAUUCAUAAUAGUACAACUGCUAAUACUGAUUAUAAUGGUCAAAAUUGUAUUGAUAUAAAACCAGCUGAACUUUUUCAUCAAGUGAGAUUUGUUGAUCAUGCAAAAAUAUAUGAUCCUGAUUUUUCUUCAAAUCUUCCUCUAAAACCAAUGACAUCUGCUAAUGUUCCAACAAGUCCUUCAAAUAGAACAGUACCUAAAGUAAUUUCAACAGGAGUUACUUCUCGACCUGUAUCUCGUACAUCAAUGAUUCAACUGAAAGCAAUAACUGAUGAAUUACAAGAAGAUAAAUUGAAUGAAUCUGAUAAUAUCUCGUUAAAUCAAUCUUAUUCAAGUAGUCCGAAAAAGCCAAGUACACCUGUAUCAAGACACAUUGGAAAUAUAUCAAUUUUUGAUGAAAGUUUACAUGAUGAAGAUGCUUGGAUGUCUAUAUUAGAUGUUGUUAAUGCUGAACUUGAUGCACUCAAUGAACAAGAUCGAGCAAAUUCAUUAACUUAG